AUGAAGACCCCUUACAAGAAUAGGGAGAAGAGCAAGUACUUCCAUUUUCACAAGGACUAUGGUCAUGAGACCAAUGAAUGUAAACACCUUAAGAGGGAAUUAGAGGAUUUAGCUCGAAAAAGAAAGAUGAACUCAUACUUAACCAAAGGGGGGAAGAAGUUUCAUAAGAGAAAAGAUAGAGGAUAUGCAGCUGGAGGACCAACUGAUAGGUGGCACAAAAACUAUUUUAGGGAGCUCGCCCAAAUUUUGUUGACUGAUCAGACAAAGGCCGAUCCCUUCCCAAAAGUAGUAGCUAGUGAACAAGAUCGGGGAAAGCUAAGAACCCCUCAUGAUGAUCCCUUGGUUGUGGAGUUGAAGAUAACAAGCUUGAGAGUAAGAAGGAUUCUAAUUGACAUCGGAAGCUCGACAAACAUCAUUAGUGCAGAUUGCUUGUCUAAGCUGAAGUUCGAUGAGAAAAACUUGGUUCUUGUCCACCAUCCAAUCAUUGGGUCUGGCUAUGGAGACACGGCUUAUAAUGUCAUUCUUAGACAACCAACUCUGAAUCAUGUUAAGGCUGUGAUAGUAACUCACCUGUUGCUUAUGAAGUUUGAAUGUGAUGGUGGGCAAAUUAGCUCUUGUAUGGAGACCAGCAAGCAGCUAGGGAAUGUUACUUAA